AUGAUUAAAGAUACUUUACAAAUUGAUGAAACUUUACAUUCAGACGAAGGUGUUGGUAAAUUAGUAUCAUGGAAUGACCGUUAUGAAGCUGUCAUGCAAACUGAUGGAAACUGGGUAGUUUAUUCAAUUCCUAAAAGUAGUGAAGAAAAAAGAAGAGUAAUAUUCGCAUCACACUCUGAAAAACACGGCCAUCACCCAUAUAGAAUGAUCAUGCAAGGUGAUGGAAACCUCUGUUUAUAUGAUACCAAAAACCACUGUACAUGGUCAAGUAACACAUGUAAUAAAAAAACCCAUAAAUCUGGACCAUACUUUGUUAGACUAUACGACUCUGGUUCAUUAAAAGUAUUUGAUGGAAGCAACGAUACCCUUUGGUCAUCUCCAAUAGACUCUGCUUUAGGCAAAUGCUAA